GUGGUUCACAUCGUCAAUAACGAUAAUGGAAACCGUUGCUGAAGUUUAUGGAGGCUAUCGCAUGGAGUUGGAAGAAACUAUGGAAGGCUUACGCCAGCGAGGCCAAGCAUUUGGAGAAAGUGCACCGCAAAUGAUUGAAGAUACAAGAAGUCAAAUCGAGCCUCAGACACAGGAUCUUAUCGAAGCUGUGCAGGACACGAGCGACGUCUCUACACCUCAACGGACGGUACUCGAAGUAUUUGCAUGGUCUUCGAUAAUGGUGCUAUUUGCAAAUAUUGGACUGGUGUUUGGCUCAUACAUUCUGGGACCAAUAGUCUCUAUAUUUGUUGGAAAGUUCGGUGCCGCAUUAGCGGCAUUUGUUGCGCUACCCCUAUAUGCUCACUACCAGAUUAAGCAUUCCGGUGGUGAUGAUGUCACUAUUCGAUUUCAACUGUUGUCGUUGGCGAUUGUCCAAGGAGUGCUAACAGGAUUCGUAGUCAAUAAUCUUUAUUUGAGCGCUACGCCAUUUGCAGUACUCACUCCUGCAAUAGUCACAGUAUCAUUUGCGGCAAUCUCAACUUCAGCAAAUGGAAACCGUGUUACAUUGCUUGGCGGCUCAGUGGGUGCGGCAGUUGGCGUGAAUUUCUUGCUGGGAUUGAUCACAGGAUACCUGACAUUUGUAUACUUCCUGCUGACGCUCACUUAUGCUGGCAUUGCUGCCGUAACAAUGCAGCUAGUUUUCAAGCACGUUCAGGGAGAAGACAAAGGUCACGUGUACCAGAAUAUUCUAUCUUGUAGUUUCAUUGUUGCCAAAGGAAUGUUCUAUAUACUGUUUGGAUCCUAUGAUUCCGAUGUCCAGAUGCAAAACCAGCCGAGUGAUAACAAAUAAAGCGAGCUAUGAGGGAACAAUG